UUUUGGCAAAUUUCCAUCAUUAUCAACAAUUUAUCCAAAUAAUUCUUCUCUUUCUUUGGAUGAUUCUGAACAACAAAAAGAAAUGUUAACAACAAGAAGGCAUUACAAUAAUGAAGGAGGGGGAGGGGGAUUAACUUUAAGUGAUUCUGAGACAGAAAUGACAACAAAUUAUUUAAUUAAAAAUAAAAAAGAAUUUAAUGGCCACAAUCAUUUAAUUAAUAAAUUAAAAAAACAAAAAACCCCACAAAGAAUUCCGGCACUUGAAAUGGUUGAAGUAAUUUUAAAUUGGACUUAA